AUAAAACAAACCCUAAGGUCCAGUAAAGUCAGGAUCAUAAAGAUAACAAAGUGCCGGAAAAACUCAGCAGGUCUGAGAGAAACGAAGAAGAUUCGAAUGUUUAUUUCAGAUUUCCAGCAUCUGCAGUAUUUGGUUGGUAUUAAAGUUGGGAUCAUAUUAGGCAGUUUACCUACGUAAACCAUUGGCAGCCCCGAAUACUGAGUAACACCGUGUGUACUGCAGAGGGAUUCUGGGCAGAAUUACAUGCUGCAGACACACAGUCCCCUUUUAAAAUGCUAAUGUAUUGACUCUGUGAUCGCCGGGAGGGGAGAGUACUUUGGAAUCUGUGUUUGCAGUGACAGGGUCAGAGCACUAAUGAUUAAACAUUACACAAGACCGAACAAAGCUGACAGUUUGAAAUGAGAGCUCUGUCCGCACGCAGUGAGAAAGUGGAACAAGGCCUAACCGUGCAUUAAGUCUGCAAAUCCGAGAUGUUUUCGAGAAAUCCCCACACAAUGAAUAAAGGGGGAUGGAUAUGCGGCAAAGGGAGAAUGCUCCGGUUUCUGCUGCUUCUAGUCGGCCUCCUCCUGCUUAUCUAUUUAACAAACUUCAACAACCCCCAAUUUCAUCAGUUAAUUGCUCAGGGAUCAGGGACUGAAAACAGGGAAAAGGAGCAUCACAUAAACAAGAACAUGGAUGCUUCAGAUUCAGUGAAUUCUGUGGAUAAAAAUCACAGAGGAAAGUGUGACAGCAGCAAUUUCCAGCUCAAACAUGUUCAAGCAGCUUUCCAGGCUUGCGUGACAAAGAAUGAAGAUAUUUUGCUUAAAAGCUACCUUGAAGGAUGGACAGAACUCCAAAAAUUUAUCAAUGCACUUGGCACCAUAUUUGGUUUUAUAUCCCAUGAGGUCACCAGUAAAAUGAGGGUAAUCAUCCAGCUUCAGCAAGGAGUGCAUGGAAGAGAAUACACCUCAAUGCAGUCCAUGAUUCAUUACGAAUUGGCAAAUAAUGUGGUUAACUUCAAUGAAGUUUCCAGUGACCACCUGGACUCAGGCUGCCGCACUUUACUGCGUCUCCACCGAGCAUUACGGUGGCUACAGCUCUUUCUCAAUCAGUUGAGGAUCAGCUCUGAGAAUGACUCAAUGUCUACUAUUUGUGCUGAGGCCUACGACCAGUCCCUUGGCAAGUACCACAGUUGGUUUGUACAAAAAGCUGCUAGGAUUGCAUUCCAUGCCCUUCCACAACGGACUGAUUUCCUUCACAUAUUGUGUAUGGAAGACAGCAAGGAGACUAAAGACAAACUGAGGAAUAGUGUGAGCGUGAUUGAAAGAGUUUAUAAUAUUACACAACAUACGUAUGAACAGUAUAAUAUGCUUGAAUUACCCUAAACCCAGAGUGUUUUAUCAAAUUGGAUAAAUGCAUUGUGGCAUCGAAAGAGGAAAUCACUGAAGAUCAAAGGGACUCACUGAGGCUGCUUUAAAGGAGCAAUAGAAAAUGUUAAACUUCAAUAGCAACGGUUGCGUUUUAUACAAUGAAUCAACUGAUGAAAAAUUUUCAACAACCAGAGACAGUGAGCCGUGGAACACACAUUCCUAGAGCAAAUGAGUGAGUUACCCGGGACUGAGAGGUCUCAGUAUAAUUAUAUGACCAGUAUAGUGAAGAAACCCAACUGGUUUCAGUGAUUUUUCUGAAACAAGAUCAUUUUAUUUACCACUUACUGAAGCACAGUUUUCCAUUGCUCAGACACCAUUGCUAUACAUAUAUACACAUGAUAAGGCUGCUGGAUCUGGACAUCGCACAGCACUGUUCUUGGAAAUCAGCUGGCCACUCAGUUGUACCAAAUCAGUAUAGAAAAGUUAUGUAAGAAUAAAAAUAAAGCAAUGGAAAGUGUAAUUGACAGUGCAAUAAAGUGGCACCUACUUAGCAA